UGGAUCUCUUAACCAAUUUAAUGAGCCAUCUAUAAGAUGCCCUACAUGCAAUCAAAACUCCCAUGAGCCCCUGAAAAACUUAAUCCCUAAUUAAUUAACAAAGACAAAAGGUUCCAAGUUUCAAUUUGAAGUUUUAUCUAAAAGAUGCAAAUAGCCAGGCCAGUGUGGUUCAGUGGUUGAGCAUAAAUCUAUGAACAAGAAGGGCAUGGUUCGAUUCCUGAUCAGGGGGCAUAUGCCCGGGUUGCGGGCUCAAUCCCUGGUAGGGGGCAUGCAGCAGGCAGCUGAUCAAUGAUUCUCUCAUCAUUGAUGUUUCUAUCUCUUUCACCCUCCCUCUCUGAAAUCAAUAAAAAAUAUAUUUAAAUAAAUAAGCAAAUAAAAGAGAAUACACAUUGUACUUUUAACAAACAGGGUUCCUAAUGUUUUAUUGACAGAUUGUAUGCUUAGAGUACUCUCUUUCCUUUCUCACCCUCCCCAGCCUGGUGUUCCUCAUAGCUCUGUUUAAACACCAACUGUAGCCCUAGCUGGUUUGGCUCAGUGGACAGAGCGUCGGCCUGAGGACUGAAGGGUCGCGAGUUCGAUUCCGGUCAAGGGCAUGUGCCUGGGUUGUGGGCUCGAACCCCAGUAGGGGGUGUGCAGGAGGCAGCUGAUCAAUGAUUCUCUCUCAUUGAUAUCUCUAUCUCUCUUCCCUUCCUCUCUGAAAUCAAUUUUAUAUUAAAAUAAAAAUAAACACCAACUGUAUACAAAUGCCUCAGAAGCGAUAUUAGCCCUAACGGAAGUAAACAGCAUUGUGACUCAGGGCAUUCCAGCACACCAAACACUAGAGUCCUAAAAGAAAUCACAAAGGUGGUCAGAUCUCAGCUGAGUGUGUCCUCAGUCAGUGACCACGAUGCACACAGAGCAGGACUUCAGCCGGUCAGCAAUUGGCGAGCUUAUGGAUUGGAAGGCUAUCCUGGUGAGUGCAGCUGACCUACAAGGUUUUAUUUUCAUCCCAAACCCCUUCCUCCCAGGUUACCAGUGGCACUGGGUGAAACAGUGCCUUAAGUUAUAUUCCCAGAAACCUAAUGUAUGUAACCUGGACAAACACAUGACGAAAGAAGAUACCCAAGAUCUAUGGGAACAGAGCAAAGAGUUUCUAAGAUAUAAAGAAGUGAAUAAAUGGAGACCCCGAAGCUUACUUGAGAAACUGCGGUGGGUGACCCUAGGCUACCAUUAUAACUGGGACAGUAAGAAAUACUCAGCAGAUCAUUAUACACCUUUCCCUUCUGACCUGGCUUUCCUCUCAGAGCAAGUAGCUGCUGCCUGUGGAUUUCAGGGUUUCCAAGCCGAAGCAGGUAUCCUGAAUUACUACCGAUUAGAUUCUACACUGGGAAUUCACGUGGACAAAUCUGAACUAGAUCACUCCAAACCCCUGCUGUCAUUCAGCUUUGGGCAGUCUGCCAUCUUUCUCCUGGGUGGCCUCAAAAGAGAUGAAGCCCCCACAGCCAUGUUUAUGCACAGCGGUGACAUCAUGGUAAUGUCAGGUUUCAGCCGCCUGUUGAACCAUGCAGUUCCAAAGGUCCUUCCAAGUUCACAGGGGGAAAGUCUGCCCUGCUGCCUAGAAACACCUCCCCCAGCUGUCCUCCCCAGGGACUCGGUGGUAGAGUGCUGCUCCAUGGAGGACUGGCAGGUGUGCGCCAGCUACUUGAAAACUGCUCGUGUUAACAUGACUGUCCGACAGGUGCUGGCCACAGACCAGGACUUCCCUUUGGAACCCAUGGAGGAGAAUAAAAGAGGCAUCACCACCGAAGGUUUCUGCCAUCUGGACGACGAGAAGAGCCAUGUAAAGCGAGCGAGGUUAAACCCUGACAGCUGAGACUUGGAGUGUAAAUGACCAUGCUGUUGUAUUGCAUUGACUUCAGCACCAAGACAAGCCAAAAACAGAGACAAGAAGAACUCAUCUUGAUCACACUGUUGCCUUGGAACCCAUUCUGGCUAGUAACUGACAUCACACACAUGCCUCCCUAACCAGGACUGGACCAGACAGGUGUUCCGUCCUGCUCAAGCAGUAAUGUAUGUGAAGUCCAAGGAGGUGUGACAUUCCACAACAGCCUUCUCAGCCCCUGCCAUUACCUCUGAGCGAGGUAGAAGUGAGUUUCCAUGUCUGUGGAGUCUUUAAAUAUCUCACAUUUUAUUGAUGGGAAACGUAAUAGCCCUCCUACCACCCCAUCUGGUGAUUUUAUGAUAAAAUUGUGGUUCCAUGAAUCAACCAUCCAUCUCUUGAUCUUCCAUCUUUUCUGGCCUUCUUGCUGUUGGCUUUUAAAUGCAAUUUUAAUUGUUAAACUAAAAAAGUCCAAGGAUGUCCUGUAACACUCUUCUCUGUGAUUGAACUUACUCAAUUUUAAAUUAAAGAUCUGUAUCUGUCUUUGAGGGUUAGUGUAUCUGGGAUUAGUUUUUUUCUGUUUCUACUUGCUGUAUUAUUCUCACUCUUGAAGCCCCCUAGCUGUUGAAGCCCUACCAAGCAUGUCAAACUCGUGAUCGGCGGGCCACAUGCCUCAUUUAUGUAAAGGAGGCAUGCAGCCUACUGGCUGCAAGCUUAACAUGCUUGCACUAUCCUGCUCUGCCCUAGGUAUUCUUUCGGGCUGUCUCAGAGGAGAGAAUAUUCCUUGGUGUCCCAGUCACUGCUGUCUUUUUUUUUUUUUUUUUUUUUAAUAUUUUAUUGAUUUUUUUACAGAGAGGAAGGGAGAGAGAUAGAGAGUUAGAAACAUCGAUGAGAGAGAAACAUCAAUCAGCUGCCUCCUGCACAUCUCCUGCUGGGGAUAUGCCCGCAACCCAGGUACAUGCCCUUGACCGGAAUCGAACCUGGGACCUUUCAGUCCGCAGGCCGACGCUCUAUCCACUGAGCCAAACCGGUUUUGGCCACUGCUGUCUUUUUUUGAUUGCAGACAACUUGGAAAAUACAUGAAAAUGUUGAGUUUUAAUCUCUCUACCCUCACCAACUCAACUCACUAUACCCUAAGCUAAAUUACUGUACAUUUCUUUGGACCACACCAUUUUACCAGUGUUUAUGUGUGUAGUGUGCACAUGUACAGAAAAGGCUAGGUCUUUAAUACAUAAUAUAUAUUCCAAAUUCUCUAUAGUGAACAUAAAUUACUUUUGAAAAAGGCCUUUGUGAUGUUUUUUUGUUUUGUGGGUUUUUUUAAAAACAUAUUUUUAUUGAUUUUAGAGAGGAAGGGAGAGGGAAAGAGAUAGAAACAUCAAUGAGAGGAAUCACUGAUUGGCCGCCUCCCACACACCCCACAUUGGGGAUCGAGCCCACAACCCAGGCAUGUGCCCUGACCGGGACUCAAACUGUGACCUCCUGGUUCAUAGGUCGAUGCUCAACCACUGAGCCACACCGCCUGGGCUUUUGAGAUGUUUUGAAGGCAGGCACACACUGAGCUCAGCAGCAGCACCUUUGUAAAGUGUCCACCCACCUUUCUAAAUGUGCUCUCAUCAGUUUUGUUCCCGUCUGAAGCCCUUUCAGUCUCUGAUCUACCAAUUGCUUUAAAAUAUGUCUGGCUAAGAUGGAUCCUCUCACCCCUCUUGCUUAUCUCAGAGCCUCUUGCCUGUUUCUAGCACCCAACAUUGGGUUUUUCCUAGCAGGGUCCCAGGCCCUCAGUGAGACAUGCACGUAUUGCUGAACAGGACAGGCUCGGCAGGACUUGGUUCACAUGUUCUAAUAUUCCCAGUUCCCUUUUCACUAAAAUAAGCUGGUCUUAUCCUUUUCUCUUUUCCCCUAAUCUAAAAGGUUGUUGAUUACAGUAGGGGAAAAAAUAAAACCCUAAUACCCUAAGUGGAUUCGACUAAGACAAAUUAGAAUGGUAAUGAGGCAGAAAGGAGCCUGGGGAAUGAUUAUUGAUCUCAGCGUGACGGGCGAGAGGAGCUAGGCAGGAAAACCUCUCACCUGUUUUCAGUGGGAGAAAAAGCAAUGCAAGUCUAUUUUCUUAGCCUGGGUAGUAAAUUUUUAUUGAUACUCCUUUUGAUCAACUAUCCUAUCCAAAUCUGAGCCCUCAUGGGGCAGAGUUUGUUAGGUCUCAAUUUGUUUUAUUGGUAAAAACAGAGUUUUUAAUAAGAUAAAAUGAUACUGUCUAUGGAAAGUAAAAUAGAGUGGUUAUCAGGAAAGCUAAGUUUUACUAACACCUCCAUUACUUACCUGUGUACCUUGAAUAAGUCACUCAACUGAGGCCCAGUUGACCUUUUUUAAGCCACAAUUACUGUUUUUAAGACCCAGUUUGCUCGUCUAUAAGGAGGUUUUACCAAGUAAUCCUGUAUUACGUACCAGCUCUGCAAUGCUAUCAUUUCAAAAUGAGAAAUUAAUUUCAGAGUUUGGAUAAACAGCAAACAAAGCUACCCCAUGGGCAAGAUUUUUGGUAAGGAAAUCAACCAAAGGAUAGGAAAGGUAAACAAAAUGAACUUUUUAGGA